AGAUCGAUUCAAUUGCAACAAACUGUAUGGAUUUCCCCCCUUCAACACACAGUCACACAGUCGCCUAGGGUUCCAAAUCAUUUCCCCCAAAUUCCUCCCGCUCCCCCCCCCCCCCCCCCCCCCCCCCCCUCUCUCUCUCUCUCUCUCUCUCUCUCACACACACACACACACAGUUCUAGGGUUUGAGACUCAAAAACCAUGCCAUCUCUUCCAUCUCCCGGUAAAAUCCAGCGAAUCGAACUCGAAAACUUCAAAUCAUACAAAGGCUUCCAAACAAUCGGUCCCUUCUACGACUUCACCGCCAUUAUUGGCCCCAAUGGAGCCGGCAAAUCCAACUUAAUGGACGCAAUUAGCUUCGUCCUCGGUGUUCGAACCGGCCAUCUCCGUGGCGCGCAGUUGAAAGACUUGAUUUAUGCUUUUGAUGACAAGGAGAAGGAACAGAGUGGACGGAGAGCGUUUGUUAGGUUGGUUUAUUUGCUUGCCAGUGGAGAGGAACUUCAUUUUACCAGGACUAUUAGUAGUGAUGGUGGUAGUGAGUAUCGAAUUGAUGAUAAGGCGGUUACAUGGAAUGCGUAUGGCGCCAGGUUGAAGUCACUCGGGAUUUUGGUUAAGGCUAGGAAUUUUUUGGUGUUUCAGGGUGAUGUUGAAUCAAUAGCAUCCAAGAAUCCAAAAGAGCUCACUGCACUGCUUGAGCAAAUUUCUGGAUCUGAUGAAUUUAAGAGAGAGUACGAAGAACUGGAAGUAAAAAAAGGUGAAGCUGAAGAAAAAUCAGCACUUGUUUAUCAGAAAAAAAGGACCAUAGUAAUGGAAAGAAAACAGAAGAAAGAGCAAAAGGAAGAGGCUGAAAAACAUCUUCGUUUGCAAGAUCAGCUGAAAUCAUUGAAGAAAGAACACUUUUUAUGGCAACUUUCGAACUUAGAGAUGGAUUUCGAAAAGGCUAAUAAUGAUAUUGAUGCUGAAGAAAAAGGUCGUGAAGAGAUUGUCCAAGAACUAGAGACUUAUGAAAGUGAAUCAAGCCGGAAGAAGAAAGAACAAGCCAAAUAUUUAAAAGAGAUUGCUCAGUGCGAGAAAAAGAUUGCUGAGAGGAAGAACAGACUCGACAAAAAUAGACCUGAAGUUUUAAAACUGAAUGAGGAGAGAUCCCGGAUUGCUAAAAAAAUCAAAAGCACUGAGAAAGAACUUGAAAAGAAGAAGGUUGAAAAGCAAAAGCAUGCCGGUGAGAUUAGAAAACUUCAGAAUGACUUGGAGGAUAUUAGUAAACAGCUGGAUGAGCUAAAGCAAAAAAGUCAAGAUGGUGGUGAGAAACUUCAGCUAGUUGAAAGCCAAUUGGAUACUUACCACCAAAUUAAAGAGGAAGCUGGAAUGAAAACUGCAAAGUUAAGGGAUGAGAAAGAGGUUCAAGAUAGGCAACAACAUGCUGACAUUGAAGCACAAAAGAAUUUGGAAGAGAAUCUUCAACAAUUGGUGAGUCGGAAGAAUGAGCUUGAGUCGCAGGAGAAACAAAUGCAAAGCAGACUUAAGAAGAUGCUUGAUGCAGCUGGGAAGAACAAAGAAGAACUUGCACGAUCGAAUAAGGAGCAACGUGAGUUGAAAGAGAAAUUGGAAGAUUCAAGACGCAGGCAUGAUAAUUUAAGGAAAAAAAUUGGUGAAGUAGAAAAUGAACUGCGGGAAUUGAAGGCUGAUAGACAUGAAAACGAGCGGGAUGCCAGAUUGUCUCAAGCAGUUGAUACACUUAAACGCCUGUUUCCUGGUGUUCAUGGCCGUAUGACUGAGCUUUGCAGGCCAAGACAUACAAAAUAUAACCUUGCUGUCACCGUAGCUAUGGGCAAAUUUAUGGAUGCUGUAGUAGUUGAGGAUGAAAACACAGGAAAAGAAUGCAUUAAGUAUUUGAAAGAACAAAGACUUCCUCCUCAGACAUUUAUACCUCUUCAGUCAGUUCGUAUAAAGCCGGUCAGUGAGAAAUUGCGAACAUUAGGGGGAACUGCGAAACUGAUUUUCGAUGUGAUUGAAUUUGCUGCAAACUUGGAAAAUGCUGUUUUAUUUGCUGUUGGAAAUACCUUAGUCUGUGAUGAACUGAAUGAAGCUAAGCGCCUAAGUUGGAGUGGUGAAAGACAUAAAGUUGUGACUGUUGAUGGGAUUCUACUGACAAAGGCUGGUACCAUGACUGGUGGUACAAGUGGUGGGAUGGAAGCAAGGUCUCAUAAAUGGGAUGAUAAAAAGAUUGAAGGGCUUAAAAAGAAGAAGGAAACUUUUGAGUCCGAGUUGGACGGGCUUGGGUCUCUAAGAGAGAUGCAGCUUAGGGAAUCUGAAGCAUCCGGAAGGAUUAGUGGAUUAGAGAAGAAAAUUCAGUAUGCAGAAAUCGAAAAGAAAAGUAUUGCUGAUAAACUCAAAAAAUUGGAGGAUGAGAAAGUUAAUAUCGAAAAAGAGAUCAGUCGUCGUAGUCCAGAGCUUCAAAAGCUAACAGAUAUCAUUGCUUCAAGGAAUUCAAAGAUCUCUGCUCUAGAUAAAAGAAUCAAUGAUAUUGUUGACCGUAUCUAUAAGAAAUUUAGUGAGUCUGUUGGGGUGAAGAACAUCCGUGAAUAUGAAGAGAACCAGCUCAUGGCGGUUGAACAGAAUGCUGAACAAAGGCUAAGCUUGCGUAGUCAGCAAUCAAAGCUGAAGUACCAGUUAGAGUAUGAACAAAACCGAGACAUGGAUUCACGAUUUACUAAGCUGGAAUCAGCACUCAAUUCCUUAAAGUCAUCGUUAAAAGCAGUUGAGGAAAGAGAAAAUGAACUUCAGUCUGCUAUGGAGAAAGCAACAGAUGAAAUUGAUCACUGGAAGACUGAAGCACAGGACUGGAAGCUCAAGUCAGAAGAGUGUGAGAAAGAUAUACAAGAAUGGAAGAAAAAGAUUUCUGCUUCAACAACAAACAUAAGCAAACAUAAUCGUCAAAUUAAAACAAAGGAGACACAGAUUGAGCAGCUAAAUUCUAGGAAGCAGGAAAUCUUGGAGAAGUGCGAGCUUGAACAGAUUAUACUCCCCACAGUGUCUGAUGCAAUGGAUACUGGAUCAACAUCUGGCCCUGUCAUUGAUUUUAGUGAAUUAAGUAGAUCUCAUCAGCAGAACCUCAAACAUUCUGAAAGGGAGAAGCUUGAUGUUGAAUUUAAACAAAAAAUCAGUUCCAUAGUUUCAGAUAUAGAAAAAACAGCUCCAAAUUUGAAAGCCUUAGAUCAGUAUGAGGCCUUGCAAGAGAAGGAGAGAAUUGUAAAUAAAGAAUUUGAAGAAGCCAGAAAUGAAGAAAAGAAAGUGGCUGGGGAGUUCAAUAGAGUGAAGCAGAAUAGAUACGGAUUAUUUAUGGAAGCUUUUAACCAUAUCUCUGGUAAUAUUGACAAAAUUUACAAGCAAUUGACCAAGAGCAAUACACAUCCACUUGGUGGAACUGCGUAUCUGAACUUGGAUAAUGAAGAUGAGCCAUUUUUACAUGGAAUCAAAUUCACUGCUAUGCCCCCGACAAAGCGCUUCCGUGAUAUGGAACAGCUAUCUGGUGGUGAAAAGACUGUUGCAGCACUUGCACUACUCUUCUCUAUCCACAGUUAUAAGCCCUCACCCUUCUUUAUACUGGAUGAGGUCGAUGCUGCAUUAGAUAAUCUGAAUGUUGCAAAGGUUGCUGGAUUUAUUCGUUCUAAAUCGUGUGGGGGAGCACGUGUUAAUCAGGAUCCUGAUGGAGGAAGCGGUUUCCAGAGUAUUGUGAUUUCUCUGAAAGAUAGCUUUUAUGACAAGGCCGAAGCUUUGGUGGGCGUGUACAGAGAUUCUGAUAGAGGCUGCUCGAGAACAUUGACGUUUGACCUAACAAAAUUCCAUGAGUAAUGCGUUCUGAUCAGAGAUAGCGCUAGGCCGGUACAUAAUUUGGUUCGACUCUUAGAGAAGAUGAACAGAUGUUUGAAAUUCAGUACAUGUAGAAGCUGAAAGUAUCGAUAGUGUUUACUUGUCAUGAUGUAUAUUUACUAAUUUCCUGUUAUGCUGUGUACUCAAUGUGUGUACUUUGAGAUUCAGUUCAUGCUAGAUUUAGCUACAACAUUCAGCUUUAUAUGUCAACGUGAGUAAACAUGGAAAAUUUACCUGAUGAUUUCUUUUCUCGA